UACCUUUUUUUCCACGUUCUCGGCAGCCUAAAAAGAAAGAGUACAUUCAGCAGGCUAACUCUGUUAGCCUCCGCGCGGUUUUACUAUGAGUGACGGGGAAGUGUUUCACGAGAAGCAGCGCUUGGAGCUGUGCGCCAUACAUGCGCUCAACAAUGUGCUUCAGGAGCGGGUGUUCACCAAGGAGACAGCCGAUGACAUCUGUAAACGACUGGCUCCACAGUGUGUUGUAAACCCGCAUCGGUCAGUAUUAGGAACAGGAAACUAUGACGUUAAUGUGAUUAUGGCAGCGUUGCAGAGCAGGGACCUGGCCGCAGUGUGGUGGGACAAACGCAGGACAGUUCAGAGUCUCUGCGUGUCAAAGGUCCAGGGUUUUAUUCUCAACGUCCCCUCCAGAGUGUCUUUGGGCAUCGUGUCCCUCCCGCUCCGUCGGCGUCACUGGCUCGCCGUUCGGCAGGUUAACGGACAGUACUACAACUUGGACUCCAAACUGAAGAGUCCUGUCUGCAUCGGAGGAGAAGCAGAGCUACGCACAUUUCUUAGCGAGCAGCUUUCUCAGGAUGUGGCAGAGAUGCUGCUGGUGGUCCAACGGGAGGUGGAGGAGGACGGUUCAUGGUUAAACCCCGACAGCCCAAACAAGUGAUCCAUCUGGUGUGGAAAAACAAAAAUUCCUCUGGGAAAAUUAAAGACUACUUUUUUUCUUUAUGUUUUUAGAAACACUUCAUUAAAGAAAUGUCUUCAGGGAAUUCACUAAAAUACUCUUAACUGACAGAAAAAUCCAAAGAGAAGCAGAGAGCGAAGUUUACUCCCGAAAUGAAGAAGUUUCCGAUUGUAACAGCGGUUAAAGCUUUCCCCCUGGUAUGACUUUUUCUUUAUCUUGAUACUUUGGUCUUCCAAUAAGAAAGGUGAUGGAAGUGGCUGAGACAAACAAUACCAUUCGAUGACACUAUGAGACCUAUCUGAAGGUUGUAGUAACGAUUGAACUGUUGUAUUGUUAGUGACUUAGUUACUGAGAUAUGAAGAGAAACGUGUUCUGAGGUGGAUUUCUUUUUUCGUCGUCUCAGAUUUGGAUGAUUUUCUGUCAUAUCAGUAUUUACCAGCUGUCGUUUUCCUCUUUGCUGUUUACCUAUGCACUGCGGUGUGAGAUUUGUGAGGCGUAAAAGUGUUUGAUUGUGUUACUAUAUGCAACUACACAUGGAUGGCUGAACUGUGAAGCAGGAUCUUUGAAUAUAAACCUGAACUUUGGGCUCUGCAAACUGUGAGUUUUCAUUGCUACAAAGUUGGGUCUAGAUUGCUCUGGUAAGCUAAGCUGUAGUCAUUCCUGGUUGUUUUUUAGCGGGAGGUCUCAAAUCAACACAUGAUUACAUCUGGCCAAUCGAUUUUAGCGGAAAAAGAAGGAAAAGAUACAUUUUCCACAAAAUGAAAAGACUGUUUUGUUCCUUUUUUUCCCCCCUCUAGCCUCCCUGACAAGCAUAUUUGUGAAAUAUCUUGAUGUUUAUCUGGGCUGAACAGGUGAUUAAGGGUUUAAAUUAGUUCUUGUGAUGUUUUACCACAUGGGAUCAGCAGGCUAAACAGUGUUUUCUAACAAAAAUGCUUUUAGAAGGAUUUUAUUUGAGUUUUUCUUGAAGGGUUUAAUCUGUGUGCUAAACUGUUGCACACACAACUCUAAACUGGCUUUCAGUUCUGCAAACAUUUGACUUUUUGUUUUCUUUCUUACCAAACUGAAAUACAUUUCUAGUCAGAAAUGUAUAAUACAUACACUAAUAAUGCAUAUGUAUUUCAUAAUACUUUGGAGUUUCAGUGAUUUUUUUGAACGGUCCUUCUCCAGGGUGAACUGAUAACACAGUAUUUAACCAAGGUUCAUUAUAAAGCAAAUAAUUGGUGCACAAGUUUGUACUAUUAAUAGGAUAAAUGUCCCCCAGAGGCAUUUAGUUCCACUAGGAACAGUGAUCCUAAACAUAUAUUAUAACUAGGGCUGCAACUAACGAUUCUUUUGGUAAUCGAUUAAUCUGUUUAUUAUUUUUACGAUUAAUAAUCGGAUAACCAAAGGUUCCUUAAAGAAGACAAUAAACCAGGUGAAGACGAAAAAGUU